GGUGGUGGCGAAGAUGGCGGAUGGGGACAGUGGUAGUGAGCGCGGUGGCAGCAGCGGUGGUGGAGGGGGUGGAGGCAGCGGGUUUCAGCACUACCAACGAGAACCGGAGACCCAGGAGCUGGCCUCGAAGAGGCUGGACAUUCAGAACAAACGCUUCUACCUGGAUGUAAAGCAGAACGCCAAAGGCCGGUUCAUCAAAAUCGCCGAGGUUGGUGCCGGGGGCUCGAAAAGUCGACUGACCCUUUCCAUGUCAGUUGCGGCAGAGUUUCGUGACUACCUGGGAGAUUUCAUAGAGCACUACGCCCAGCUGGGGCCUAGCAGCCCGGAGCAGAUCGCUCAGUCGUCCGGUGGGGAUGACACGGGGCCUAGGCGGGCCUUGAAGAGCGAGUUCCUGGUUCGAGAGAACCGCAAAUACUACCUCGAUCUGAAGGAGAACCAGCGGGGGAGGUUCCUCCGGAUCCGACAGACCGUCAACCGCGGGCCCGGUUUCGGAGUCGGCGGAGGUGGCAUCCCCGGAGGUGGCAUGCAGGCCGGACAGACCAUCGCCCUCCCCGCUCAGGGCUUAAUAGAGUUCCGCGACGCCCUGGCCAAGUUGAUAGAUGACUACGGAGGAGACGACGAGGAGUUGACCGGCGGCAGAGGGGCCGGGGGCUACAGCGAGCUUCCGGAGGGCACCUCCAUCAUGGUGGAUUCCAAGCGGUUCUUCUUUGACGUGGGAUCUAAUAAGUAUGGAGUUUUCCUGAGGGUGAGCGAAGUUAAGCCCAGUUACAGAAACUCUAUCACCAUCCCGUUCAAAGCGUGGAGCAAGUUUGGGGGCGCGUUCAGCCGCUACGCCGAGGAAAUGAAAGAGAUCCAGGAGAGGCACAGGGAUAAAAUGUAUGAGAGGAGAGCAGGAGAGGAGUCGGAGGGGGACGACGUGGACGACGAUUGAUCAAGCUGGCUGCUUGCUAUCAAGCUGACAACAUGAUGAUGCAAAGCCUGGAGUAAGAGAGAAGAACGACUAAUCCGUGCAUGACGAAUCGAACUUAAAAUGAUAAAACAAUGGAGAAAAUAAAAAGUAUAUUUGACUGAGAAAUUACUGUCUAUAUAAGAGAAUCGUGUUCUAAAGUUUUAGGUGGAUGUUAUAGAUAAAUGAGUGCGGACUGCAGUAGUCAGCUCCUGUAUGAGAUUCCCCAUUGAUGAAAAAAAAAAAGAAAAAGUGUUGAUUGUCCAUUUGAUAACCUCACACAUGUAGCCCAGCAAAUUAAGUUUGACAGCGCUCGAGACACAGUGGUAGAUUACAAGUCCCACUUCUUUGAUUGAUACCUAAUGGUAAGAGCUCACCUGGACCUGAUCCGUAGCCUGUAAGACAAUGAGGAAGUAUGACAAUUGUGAUGUAUUCAAACGGGGAGAGCACGUGCAUCACUCACCACAGCUGUAUUUUGUCCAGGUGGCCUGUACAAA